AUGGGCUGGUUGGAACGUCAACUACACGAGUAUCCUCAUGGACAACGCGACAAUGGCCACACUAUAUUCCUAGCAUGGAAUCCCGAUUACGCGACAUACUCAGCUACUCUUGCUUCUGGAAGAAAUAUCGCGAUUGAUGGAUCAUUCGAUUGGACCGUCAGCAUUGAUGACAAAGCCCUAUCAAAGACCAAGGAGUACAGUUUUAGCUUUGUGCCACUAGGAAAGGGUUUCAACAUCCUAGCUAAGUCGUUGAAGACCUCAUCCACAUCGACAUCCUCAUCUACGCCGACUACUACUUCCACAACAAGCUCGAAGGCUACAUCUUUCGAUACAGGCGGACUAUCCGUUGGCGCAAAAGCGGGAAUCGGUGUUGGUGUGAGCCUCUGUGGCCUGGCGUUCUUCGCUGCGUUAGGAUUUUUCUUUUACCGGCGGCGACAGAAUGAAUCAUCGGGAGAGGUGACAGGAAGCUCAAUGCAGGCAUCAAAUAGCCACUCGCAGGAGACUAAAUCGGCGCCACAUGAGCCUUUACCGCCACCGGCUGAGUUGGCAUCUACCCCGGGCGGGAGAUAA